AUGGCUCAACGUGUCACUUUCAGAAGAAGAAAUCCAUACAACACCCGUUCUAACAAGAUCAAGGUUGUUAAGACCCCAGGCGGUGUCUUGCGUGCUCAACACACCAAGAAGUUGGCUACUAGACCUAAGUGUGGUGACACCGGUGUUCCUCUACAAGGUGUUUCUGCUCUAAGACCAAGAGCUUACGCUCAAGUGUCUAAGACCAGCAAGACCGUUUCCAGAGCUUACGGUGGUGUUCUAUCCGCCAACGCCGUCAAGGAAAGAGUCAUCAGAGCUUUCUUGAUCGAAGAACAAAAGAUCGUCAAGAAGGUCGUCAAGGAGCAAACCGAGGCUGCUAAGAAGGCCGAGAAAAAGACCUCCAAGAAGGCUAAGAAGAACUAA